AUGUUACUCCCAACCACUUACAAGGCUGUCAUUAUCAGCGGUACCAAGACCGCUGUCAGCACCGUUUCAUUGCCUAACUACGACUCCAACAGCUUGGUGAUCAAGGUUAAGGCGGCUGCCGGUAAUCCAACCGAUUGGAAGCACGUGGCGUAUGGAUUGGGUCCCCAGGGCUCCAUCAUAGGCUGCGAUGUUGCGGGUGAGGUCGUGGCACUUGGUGAGGACGCAGCCAAAUCGUUCAAGCUCGGGGAUUCUGUGUCUUCGUUCGUUCAUGGUAGUUCUGUCUUGCACCCAGAAAAUGGUGCUUUUGCUGAGUACGCCAUUCUUGAUUCUAAGUUGGCGGUGAAGUACGAUAGCUUGCGUUUGGCUGGCGAGGAUGUCCCUUUUGGCAAAGUUGAAACUUUUGAGGGUGCUGCCUCGGUGAGUGUGUCUCUUUUCACUGCCGGGGUGGCCUUAAUCCACCAUUUAGCUGUUAAGGGUGUUCCAAAGGAGUUAGGGAAGACAACCGUCAACUCUCCCUUGUUGGUUUGGGGUGGGGCUACCGGGGUGGGCCAGAUGUUCAUCCAAGUUGCCAAGAUCUUUGGCUCCUACGAAUCCAUCAUUGCUGUGGCCUCAAAGAAGCAUGAGCUGUAUUUGAAGAGUCUUGGCGCAGAUGUUGUCAUCGACUACCACGACAGUGACUGUAUCGAGCAAAUCAAAAAGUAUGCCAACGACUCAAUUGCCUACGCCGUGGACUGUGUGUCCAAUGGCGACUCCGGCAGCAAUGUUAACAAGGCGGUAUCUGACACAAAACCCGCUAAGAUUUUGGGUUUGUCGGGUAUAUCCUCGAUUCCGCCUGAAGAAAUCAAGUCAAGUGUUGCGCUCGACGUGCUUCUCUUGUACCAUGCAACGGGCUGGGAGCUUCCGCUCGGUGCCCAUAUCAUCCCAGCCAGCCCUGAGACCAGAGAGGCCGCAAUCAGCUUUAAGGAAUGGGUGGGGCCGUUACUAGCCAGGGGUGAAAUCAAGCAUAACCGAAUCAAGUACGUUCCGGGUGGCUUGGAGGCGGUUCAAGGCUUGUUGGACGACAUCCGGGAUGGUAAGGUUUCAGGUGAGAAGUUGGUUAUCGAUGUGUAG